CCCUGCUUGACGUGCUGGCAUGGCUCCCUUUGCCCUUGGGGCUAUCGUUCGGGAGUUUCUGCUCCCCCAAGAUUUGGAGAGGGCUCAGAACACAUUUGUGCAGGACUGAUAGCUCCAAGCCUCCCGUGCACAUGAACGAUCUUCCGAUAGGUGACAAGGCAGAUUUAGGCAUGAUCUGGAAGAGGUGUGCCCUUCCCCAAGUUGCAAGGGACUGCUUGUUUGAUCCAAGGACCUUGGGUUGUCCAAGAAGCCAGAAUGGUGCUUAGAGACCCCCAGAUGUUUGCCCUUUGAACUCUUUCCUCCAUCCUGUUCUGUGGAGCUGAUCUACAGUCCCUCAGGAAGCAGCUGAGCCACAAAACCCACGUUUUUUGCUGUCAUCCACUGGAUCCAAGCUGUCACGGCUACCUUGAGCAUCAUGGGGUCAAGCUCAGUUAUCGGCUACGCCUUAUUCCAGAACACAGCCAGAUCCCCCGAGGUGCGCCCUCUUUUCUACCUGAGCCUCUCCAAUCUCUUCCUGGGGGUGUGCUGGCUUGCGGGGGCCCUUCUCUAUCGCAGAGAGACAUCCCACCCAACUGGAGAAGGGAUCACCUGCUACAACUUGCAAGCCACAGGACAGAUCUUCUAUGUUGCCUCUUUUCUAUACACAGUUAAUUACACCUGGCAGCUCUACACAGAUUUGAAAAUGAAAUUCAACCAGCGUUUACAUAACCAGAUGCCACAGAUAUUGAGCUACACAAACCACGUUGGCCGAAUAGCAAUCAUUUUCUCUAGUCUCAUCCCGAUCCUCCUCGUGGCACCUGUUUUUGGACUAGGCAACUGCUUUCAAUGUUUCCAGAACUUCACCACAGAACGUGGGUGCCUCCUGUUGCAUGUGGAAAACGUGCUCAGCACCAGCUCUCAGCGUGUCCCCUGCGCCGUGCUGUGCUUGUACAGCACUGGGGUUUUCCUUGUCUCCUUUGUGGCCAGCUUCCUCGCAAUUCUUAUCUUGCUCAUCCGAACCAGGACCUUGUACAAGCGGUUUGUGCACUCCAUGGGCUACGUCGGCGAUCAACAGUGGGCAAUGAUGAAGGUGGUUGAACACAGCGUGGUUCUGUACCCGGUGGUAUUUUUCUGCUGCUGGGGGCCAGCCUUUAUCCUUGGGGUCGUCAAACUGGCACGUAUGGAUAACGCCAGUGUUUACAUGGCACUCUAUAUUUUAGAGGCUCUGACAGCAUCUUCCCAGGGACUCCUGAACUGUGCGGUUUAUGGCUGGACCCAGCACCUGUUGCGCUGUGUGAAACGCAAGGCUUGCCGUGAUGUCGACACCCAGACACCACUCCUGCGUUCUCAGAAGAGGUUCUAUGCCAGCACGAACCCGGUACUUUCCCAGACGGUGGCUAAACCCUUCUCUUCCUCUACAACUACAGUCUUGUGAAUGGGAGGCUGACCACUUGAACUCUGUUCUUCCACCCGCAUUGCUCCACGAGACUCUUUUCUCAGCAGUGCCAGCUAGGCUUUUUAGAUCCUGUACUGAGGGAGUUGGAGCGAUGACCUCGAAGAGCCCUUUUGGGUCCGCUUGUUCACAGCACCCCUGAGAAAUGUGGCAGUCAAAAUAUGGGUCAGCAGCAGCAGCAGGUGGGUGAAAUUAAGGGGGUAGCCUGGAAGAGCCCCAAGAAAUUAGAAAUGUUGCAAUUGCACAAGAAGAAACUGAGUCUGUAUAUUUAAAUAAUCACUAUUUAUUUGAGGGAAGCAAAAAUUGGAUAGGGUGGAGAGAACUGUAUAGUGUAUAACAUUUCCCCUGUGAGACAUUUUUCACAGGAUUUUGCAAAGAACGGGACACAACAUCACUGAGAUCUUGUGGAAUGUCUGCAGUGCAGUCACACCAGCCUGGGAAUUAUCCUUUUAUUUCAGCACUGCUGGUGGAAUAUUUUACGGCUUCCUGCCAGACAGUAAAACAAAAAAGCAAGCA